AUGGAGAAAUGCUUAUUUUACAGAGUUGUGCCGUAUUCAUCUAAACUCACACGGACGUGUAUUUGCUUGUUCUCUCUCUCUCUUUCCCUGUCAUAUUUAUUAUACUGUCUUCUCUUCUCAUCUGAAAUGGUCAUGUUAAAGGCAAGUGAUCCAAAGCAGAACUGUCUUCGCGUCAGGAGAGAUGGUGGCAAAAAACUUAUUCGAACAUGCACUUUGUCAUCGGAUGCGAUACGGAAUGAUAUAUCACACGGCCAAGGACAUAUUCGCAACACAUUCCGGAAUAACACAGUUGACAAUUCAUUGAACAAUUUGGGUACGGUGAAGUUUGGGAAUAAAAAACUCCCCAAAGCCAUCAUAGUCGGCGUAAAGAAGGGCGGCACGAGGGCUGUCUUGGAAUUCAUAAGAAUUCACCCAGAUGUGCGGGCAGUCGGAACCGAGACACAUUUUUUCGACAGAAAUUAUGACCGUGGCUUGGACUGGUACAGGGGCUUAAUGCCACGAACGCUGGACAGCCAGAUCACCAUGGAGAAGACGCCUAGCUACUUCGUUACCAGGGAGACGCCCCACCGGAUCUCUUCCAUGGCCCGGGACACCAAGCUGAUCGUCGUGGUGCGUGACCCCGUCACCCGAGCGAUAUCCGACUACACCCAGACUUUGUCCAAAACGCCUGACCUUCCUAGCUUCCAGGAACUCGCCUUCCGGAACCAGAGCCUGGGCCUGGUGGACACCUCCUGGAACGCCAUCCGGAUCGGCCUGUACGCUCUGCACUUGGAGAACUGGCUGCGCUACUUCCCCCUGGCUCAGAUCCACUUUGUGAACGGGGAGCGGCUGAUCGCAGACCCGGCCAGGGAGCUGGCCCGUGUGCAGGACUUCCUGGGGCUGAAGCGCAUCGUCACAGACAAGCACUUCUACUUCAACAGGACCAAAGGUUUCCCCUGCCUCAAGAAGCCUGAGAGCAGCAGCUCGCCUCGCUGCCUGGGCAAGUCCAAGGGCAGGACUCACGUUCAGAUAGACCGGGACGCCAUAGAGCAGCUAAGAGAGUUCUAUAGGCCCCACAACGACAAAUUUUAUGAAAUGGUGGGUCACGAUUUUAAGUGGGACUAGAGAUGUUUUUGAUAGAGGAUGCAGAAGGAGAGACCAGGUGUCUUCCAGGAAUGCAAGCACUUUUUCAUCGGAUUCUUGGAUGUGCAUGAGGGUUAGUUAUGGGAAAAUCUGGACUGGAUUUAUUUCACACAAGUUUGUAGUUUGCAAAAAGGAAUAAGAGUUGGUCUGUGACACACUUUGCUUUAAAAACUAAUUAGCCUGUAAUGUCACUCUUUCUUUUCAAAUACAAAGACAUAGUAUU